GCACAUUGCGCACGCGUACACCACGUACACCGAUGCUGCUCUCCACUAGUUUGCUAGCUGGCUAGCUAAACGCUCCGUCAGUCAGGUAGCACUCAGCGGGCUUACGGUGGGGGGGACGCGCCGCGGCGGCGAACAAGAGGAUUCGGAGGACUCGGCAGCGCCGCGACGAAAAUGGCCGGCCAACAGUUCCAGUACGAUGACAGCGGCAAUACGUUCUUCUAUUUCCUCACCUCCUUCGUGGGACUCAUUGUGAUCCCGGCCACCUAUUACCUCUGGCCCCGGGAUCAGAAUGCUGAACAAUUGCGUCUGAAGAGCCUGCGAAGGGUCCAUGGCAGGUGCCUGUGGUACCGCCUCAGGGUGAUGAAGUCCCAGCAGAGCAUCAUCCCUACUUUAAAGAAAGCUGCCUUGUUAUUUGGCUGGGCUGUGUUCCUGCUGCUGGCAUACAAGGUGUCCAAGCUGGACAGGGAGUACCAGGAGUAUAAUCCUUAUGAAGUCCUCAACCUAGACCCGGGGUCAUCGCUGUCGGAAAUCAAGAAGCAAUACCGCGUGCUGUCGCUGAAAUACCAUCCAGACAGAGGCGGCGACGAGGCCACCUUCAUGAGGAUCGCCAAAGCCUACGCUGCUCUCACCAACGAGCAAUCGCGGAAGAACUGGGAAAUGUACGGCAACCCGGAUGGCCCAGGAGCAACCAGCUUCGGUAUUGCCCUGCCUGCCUGGAUAGUGGAUCAGAAGAACUCCAUGCUGGUGUUGUUAGUCUACGGUCUGGCCUUCAUGGUCAUCCUCCCUGUUGUUGUGGGUACAUGGUGGUACCGCUCCAUCCGAUACAGCGGAGACCAGAUCCUCAUCAACACCACCCAGCUCUUCAUGCACUUCAUGUACAAGACGCCCAACAUGAACAUGAAGCGGUUAGUUAUGGUGUUGACGGCAGCGUUUGAGUUUGAUCCUCGCAGCAAUAAGGAAGCCACCAUACGGCCGACAGACAACAUCGAAGUGCCGCAGUUGAUUCGAGAGCUUGGAAACAUCAACGUGAAGAAAAAAGAGCCUCCCUUCUGCUACCCGUACAGUCUGAAGGCCAGAGUUUUAGUACUUGCUCACCUGGCACGCAUGGACGUGUCUGAGGAGUUGGACGAAGAUCAGAGGUUUGCAGUGAGGAAGAGUCCUGCUCUCCUCCAGGAGAUGAUCAACGUGGGCUGUCAGCUGACCAUGAUGGCCAACAGCAGAGGAGGUUUCCAUGCUCCUCGUCUGGUCACCAUUGAGAACUGCAUGAAGCUGACGCAGAUGAUCGUGCAGGGCCUGCAGGAGUCCAAGUCGCCUCUGCUGCAGCUGCCGCACUUUGAAGAGGAGCAUCUUCGAUACUGCAUUUCCAAGAAGUACAAAGUCCGGAGCCUGCAGGACCUGGUGAGUCUCAAAGACUCCGACAGACGUAGCAUGCUGCGCUUCCUGGGGGAGGAGAAGUAUGAUGAGGUCAUGGCCGUGCUGGGCAGCUUCCCCCACAUCACCAUGGAUACCAAACUACAAGUCCUCGAUGAUGAAGACAGCAAUAACAUCACAGCGGGCUCCAUCGUCACAGUAACCGUCACCUUAUCCAGAAAAAGAAUGGCGGAGGUGUUUGAAAAAGAACAGGAGUCCACGCCUUGUCCAGGAGAGGACGCCGCCCCUGUAGAAGAAGCACAGGGCGACCCGAAUAAAGCCAAAACAAAAGUAUGGCAGAACAAGAAUAAAGGCACCAAAAAGAUGGCAAAGUCGAAGAAGAAAAAGCUAACCAAGAAGAAAGCCACGCCGGUGCCCACAAAAAGCAAGCAGGCCAACGGCAGCGUGGCAGGAAACGAGUUGUCCACGGCCAAGGACGAGGAGGAGGAGGUCUCGGACAAAGGCAGUGACUCAGACGACGGUGAGACCAACAAAGACUCCCCCAGCGAGAGGGACGAGGACAGUGACAAGCAGAGCGACACCGAGGUGGACGAGAUGGCCGGGGACGACGAGGAGGAGUGGGAGGCGCUGCAGCAAAGCAUUCAGAGGCGAGAACGUGCCCUGCUGGAGACCAAGUCCAAGGUGACGCAUCCCUCCUAUAGCCUCUACUUCCCUGAAGAGAAACAGGAGUGGUGGUGGCUCUACAUCGCAGACCGGAGGGACCAGACCCUGGUGUCCAUGCCCUACCACGUCUGCACGCUCAAGGACACAGAAGAGGUGGAGCUCAAGUUUCCAGCACCUUCCAAAACAGGCAACUACCAAUACUCUGUCAUCCUGCGCUCCGACUCAUACAUGGGACUGGACCAGAUCAAAUCACUCAAGUUGGAGGUGCACGAGGCCAAGGCCAUGAUGGACAACCAUCCUCAGUGGGACAUCCCUGACACAGAGGAGGAGGACGAGGAGCAGGAGGACAGCGACGGCAUCGAGGAAAGCGAAGAUGACGAUGAUGACGAUAAUGACUGAGCACACACACUAACGGCAUUGACACCCCACCUCCUGCGACACCCCACCACAGAACACCCCAACACACACACACACACACACACACACACAGUAACAGACUCAGCUGGGACAUUUUGUACUCGUCUCCUCCAUCUUUGCCCCCCCAACACGCCAGCUCGCCUCUUUUCUACUCUGUGUGUAUGUGUGUGUGUGUGUGUGUGUGUGUGUGUGUGCGCGAGACGAGUGUUUCUAAUAACCUUGUAAGAAUUUGUACAGGUGUGACAGUCAGUGUGAACUGGAGGAGACAUCAUGUCAGCUUCUUCCGUAUGUACAACAACAACAACACCACCAUCACCACCACAACCUAGUUGUGCUCCUUUCGCCUCAAGUUGUCACAAUCACUCGACAACAACCAAUGAUACUUUCUAUUCUACGCUUCAAACUGCACACCCCACUUUGCCGGACCUUCUGAGUGGCUACACACCAACGUAAUAACAACGUGAACGCGAUCAUCUCCCAUUUUCUUGUAGCACAUUCCAUAUGUGUCGUCACGGUCCAGAGAAGCCUUACCGAUACAAGCCAACAGCGUGAAAAGUCCACUUGGGUGCCAUGCAUCCACCAUUCUUCCUGGCAGUAUUUCUUCUUUUUGUGUGUGCGUCUGGACCUCCAGCGCCCCCUGUGGGUGAAAGUGACUGGUUACACAGUGUGCAGAUGAGCAUUAAAAGGUUGGAACUUUC